AUGCAACCUCCUUCUUUUGGAAAAAAUGAACAAUCCAGCUCAUCAAUACAACAAAUGUCAACAUCCACCACAUUUGGUGGUGUUCCUAACUUUGGAAGUGGGCAACGUCUAUCCACUGAUUCUAACGAUGGAAAUUAUUCAGUUCAUGAAAUUCAUUAUCUGAGCCCUUAUCACAACAAGUGGAAGAUUAAGGCAUUUGUAGGCUCAAAAUCAGAAAUUAGACGUUGGCAAAAUAAACGUGGCGAUGGGAAAUUAUUUAAUGUCACUUUGCUGGACAGCAGUGGAGAGAUUAGGGCCACGGCCUUUAAUCAACAAGUAGAUGAGUUUUAUAAUGUGCUACAAGAAGGAAAGUUGUACUACAUCUCCAAGGCGAAAAUUACUGUUGCGAAAAAAAUGUAUUCGACGAUAAAACACGAUUAUGAAAUUACCCUUGAAAGCGGAACCCAAAUUGUGCCAUGUUUAGAAGAUCCUACAAGUAUCUUAAAAUUUGAAUUUGUUCAUAUUGCCAAUUUGAUGGAAUAUGAAAAAGAUCGUACCAUAGAUAUUAUAGGAAUAGUUAAAACGUGUCAUGAAUUGCAAUCUAUAACAACAAAAGCGACUCAAAAAAGUAUUAACAAACGUGAACUUGACAUUGUCGAUAAAAGUGGCUUUACAGUUAGACUAACCUUGUGGGGACAGCAAGCAGAAAAUUUCAAGAUGAGCGAAAGUCCUGUCGUCAUUGUAUGUAAAAAUGUAAAAGUAGGAGAUUACCAAGGACGUUCUCUUUCGGCUUAUACUGGUACCACGUUGUUACUCGAUCCUGAUAUCCCAGAAGCUAAGGAUAUGCGUGAUUGGUAUAAAUCCACAGGGAUACACGAAGAAUUUAAUUCAUUUAGUGGCGCAGGUGGCUCAUUCUCACAGGAUAGGGAUGAAAACAAGAAAACAAUCGAACAAGUUAAAGCAGAGAAUCUUGGUAUAAACGAAAAGGGCGAUUAUUUUUCAACCACGGCAUUCAUCAUUUUUAUUAAAAGGGAUAAUAUAUCAUACCCCGCCUGCGUUUCUGAGGGAUGUAAUAAAAAGGUUACAGACGAGAAUACUGGUGAAGGAUGGCGUUGCGAAAAAUGCUCGCGAACAUAUUCACAACCAAACUAUAGGUAUAUAAUGUCGGUUAGUGUAGCUGAUUAUACUGACAGUGCAUGGUUUCAAUGUUUCAACGAAGCUGGUGAAAGAAUCUUAGAAUAUAACGCUACGGCUUUGCAUGAACUUAGGGAAAGGGAUGAGGCUGCUAGCGAUUUAAUUAUCGAAAAAGCGUAUUUCAAACCAUACGUAUUCAGAUGUCGCGCAAAAAUCGAAAAUUACAAUGAUAGUUCCAGGGUUCGAUAUACAGUGAUCAGCGCAAAUCCCGUCGAUUUUAUUGCGCAGUCUCGCGAAAUGCUUCGUAAUAUAAGUGCAAUGGAAUCUUCUUGA